AUGAAAUAAUGUGUGCUCCCAGAUGCGCAAGAAAACUCUUUAAAUAAAGAGAUAACUAUCAAUAUCCCAUCUGAUGAAUGAAUCUAUAUUCAACCUGAGGCGCCUGAAAACCAAUACCUAUGCAACUCGCCGUUCGUCCAGCCAUGGUUCUGUCAAAAGAUACGACCUUUGCUGUUUGUUAGGCAACAGCAGUGGACUUCUCUAAGUUAUAGAGUGUCUGGAAUCACUAUUUAUUUCUUUUUGUUGUCGCCAAACUGUUUGGCACUCUAGCUUUUGAAGCCCGAACCUACCUCUCUUCUCUUCAAGCUCCUGCUCAGAUUUCAUCAUCGAGUCUGCACCUAUCCAUUCGCUCUUGUCCACAAUCCCGAUGUCUCAAAUACCUGGCUACUAUUUCGAUGAAUCGCGAAACCGAUGGUUUAAGGUCGAUUCCGACGAUGCACUUCCAGCCAGCCAGAAGUACAGCUCCGACAUCAUUCGGCAGAAUGCAUUGAAAGCAGAGGCACAGAAGAAAGCGCGCGAACAUAGAGAUGCUAGGAAACACCUAAUUCGAAAGAUCCGACUAGACCACUCGGCAACGUUGAGGGAAGAAGUGACUGGAUCUUUCAAUGCUUCUCGUACCAGCUGGCUGGCUCAGAAUCUAGUCCGUCAAAAGCUUUCUACCAUGAUGCGCCCGGUGGAAGAUUUUCACGUUGUCAUCAGCACGAUCGAUCAUAAAGCGAACGUAUGGAUAGGAAGUUCCCAAAACCUGACGCUCCGAAAUUCUACCUUUGAGCAACAGAGUCUGAAGGUGUUUGCCCCCGGCUGGUCAAUCACCACCAACGACGACAGCGUGAUCUACUCCGGGCUUUCCUCCGGAGGGGUUGCGUUGGACUCAUUGGAGUAUCUUUCCGCCGCUAUUGCCAUUUACGAUAACGAGGCUUCCGGCCUUCCGGUACUGAGAAUCGUGGAUCACCCUGUCCAAAGAUCGAAGUUUCCGGAUAUUCAUACCAUCGAGACGUACACCGACGCGAGAGGAGACCGUUAUUUCGGCGCAAUCUUUUCAGGGCAGAGAAGGGCAGGAAGUCUGCUUACCGCGGGACAACUUGACGGCCACCGUUUAGACGCAGCCCUUAAAAUCACCUCCCGGACGAGUGACAUCCUUGCCUUCUGCUUCCUCGACUCCAGCAAAGUGGCUUGCGGGACUCGUGCCGGCAAUAUCCUUGUCACGGACACUCGCCUCCCACACCCUCACAUCCAGCUCUUUUCUCACGGCUCCUCGAUCGUGGAUUUGAAGCGGGGACGAAACGAAUACAGCAUCAUCGCAGCGGGCCUCAAAAGUCACCUAGCAAUGUAUGACACGCGCAUGCUUCCACCUCAUGCGGUGAAUGAAUCCGCCAUCAACGUAGUGAAGUGGACGGACAAUGCUAAGGUGUUCCAGUGGGAUAGACUAGCAGACACCGGACAACUAGCCUCACCAGUCGUCACAUUUCCACAAUACAGCAACGAAUCCGACCCGCAGCUCCGCAUCGCGGUACACGAGGAGCUCGGCCUGGUCGCGUCUGGCAAUGAUACCGCCGGAACGGUCGCCAUAUUCAGCCUAGAUUCCGGCGCCCUGUUGCGGAAAAUAGGACCGGGCCAUUUCUCCGCCGGAACGGUUCGACGGCUGCAGUGGGUCGACGACGAGUACGGGGUGCCGUGGCUGUAUUUCGCGCAGGACAAGAUCAUCGAGCGGUGGGGAGUGGACGCAGUGGAUGAAGGUCUAGUGCCGCAAGAGCGGAGAAGAAAGCGGGCACGAGAUGCCGACUGAUUGGAAUUUAGGGACUUUUCGAGCCAGUUGAUGAUGAAGAUGUUUUGGAAGGGUAAUUGACCGAAGCGGACAGGACAAGAUUCGCUAGAACGACCAAGACACCACUUGCUUACUCGGUAAUGGUCUUUUAAUAAUAAUAAUAAGAAUCAAUUUAACGUACUAUCUGG